GCUCCAAAGAUCCAGCCCAGAGUGACAGGAAAACCCUCCAUUCCCCUUCUACCCGAAUGAAUUUCGCGGUCCCUAACUGUCUGCUGGUUUCCCAGAGAGAGCCGGUGCCCUAGAUUUCUCUGGCCCCGGGGAAACUCUCCCCAGACCCGGUUUCCCGGCUGUUGGCCUGGGAGAGGCCGCGGUCAGCAGCGCAGCGUCCGGAGCUGCAGCCCGGAGGCCCUGGCACCUCCCAGGUCGGAGCAGCCGCGGGGCUGGGGCAGAGAACAGGCGUGUUUUCCGCAGCUGCUCUAAGGACGCCGCUCUCACAUCGUCCAGAAGUUUCAGGUCCUAAGAACUGGGGUUUGCUGUGGAUUUUCCAUUCAUCCUAGAAGCUGGCAGAGCAGUUGCAUUAUCUGCGUUUGCUGUUGUGUCUAUUACAAAGCUCCAGGAAUGUUGAUCUGUUUGGAGGCGUCAUAUAUAUUUGUUGCAUGAAAAGUUCUGGGUGGUUUCAGAAGACUCUUAGCCAUAUGCUGGUGUCACACUCCUCAGGCAGUCUGCUCGCCUGUGAGAGCCCUGGAUAGUGAAGAGAGGAAACUGCAGCAAAGGAUCCAGGAAUUCCAGUCCUUGUUCCUGAAACAGAAACUCAGAGCAGAGCAACAAGAAGAAUGACUGCUUCUCUGGUAAAUGUGCCCCAGGGUCUGUUAACAUUCAGGGAUGUGGCUGUGGAGUUCUCAGUAGAAGAAUGGGAAUGUCUCACCUGUACUCAAAGGGAACUGUAUAGAGAUGUAGUGAUGGAGAACUACAGUAAUCUUGUCUUCAUUGAGAAUUAUCUUAAAUGUGAGAAGGUCUUGGAUCAAGGCAAAAAGCACAUUGUCCACAAGCAUUUGACUAUCCAAGAAAAGUCUUCCAAAUGUAAUGAUCCUGUCAAAAUGACUCAUGAAUCCUCUCAAGGUACACCUUCCAGAACCAAACAUAAAGAUGACUGUGUCAGAGCAUCACACCUGAACAGACAAACAAUUAGGAAGACUGGAGAUGGACCUUGCAAAUUUAAAGACUGUGUAAACUCUUUGAAUAUGUGUUCCAUCGUUUGUCAAAAUGGAAGAAUCCAGAAAGAACCAAGUGCUAGAGAGUAUGAAAAUCUUUUUGACUCAAAACAUAAAAUCAUUCUGAAACAAAGUAACAAUAAUGGAAAGAAUCCACACAAUUGCAGAAAAUGUAGGAAAUGCUUAAAGGUGUACUCAAAUGUCUGUAGACAUCAGAGAGCACAUACUAGAGAGAAAUCUUAUACAUGUAUACACUGUAGUGAAUCCUUUCUUCAUUUGUCACAGCUGAAACUACACUACAAAAUUCAUUAUGGGCAGUAUCCUUGCAAAUGUUGUAAAUGUUUUUAUCAUAAAUCAACCUUCGAAAGACAUUACAGGUUCCAAUGUGGUAGGAAUACUUACAAAUGCAGUGAGUGUGGCAAAUCCUUUAUCUACUACUCACAAAUUAGAAGACAUGAGAGAAGUCAUACGGGAGAGAAACCUUACAAAUGUAAUGAAUGUGAUAAAUGCUUUCCCCAGAAAUACCUCCUUACAAUUCAUCAGAGAAUUCAUACAGGAGAGAAACCUUACAAAUGCAGUGAAUGUGACAUGUGUUUUAUCAAGAAUUCCAAUCUUAGAAGUCAUCAAAGAAUUCAUACAGGAGAGGAACCUUACAAAUGUAGUGAAUGUCAUAAAUCCUUUACCCAAAAAUUCAGUCUUGUUAUUCAUCUGAGAAUUCAUACAGGAGAGAAACCUUACAAAUGUAUCGAAUGUGACAAAAGCUUUACUGCAAAAAGCAGUCUUAAAAGUCAUCAGAGAAUUCAUACAGGAGGGAAACCUUACAAAUGUAGUAUAUGCGGCAAAUGCUUUACCUACAAAGGCAGUCUUAGUAUUCAUGAGAAAACUCAUACAGGAGAAAAACCUUACAAAUGUAGUAUAUGUGACAAAUGGUUUACCCGUAAAAGCAGUCUUGUUAUUCAUCAAAGAAUUCACACAGAUGAAAAACCUUAUAAAUGUAGUGAAUGUGAAAAAUGCUUUACUGAGAAAGGCAGUCUUAGAAGUCAUCAGAGAACUCACACAGGAGAGAAACCUUAUAAAUGUAGUGAAUGUGACAAAUGCUUUGCCCAGAAAUACCAUCUUACAAUUCAUCAGAGAUAUCAUACGGGAGACAAACCUUACAAAUGUAGUGAAUGUGAAAAAUGCUUUACUGGUAAAUCAAGUCUUAGAAGUCAUCAAAUAAUUCAUACAGGAGAGAAACCUUACAAAUGUAGUGAGUGUGACAAAUCCUUUACCCUGAAAUGCCUUCUUACAGUUCAUCAGAGAAUUCAUACAGGAGAGAAACCUUACAAAUGUAGUGAAUGUGGCAAAUGUUUUACUGAGAAAAGCAGUCUUAGAAGACAUCAAACAAUUCAUACAGGAGAGAAACCUUACAAAUGUAGUGAAUGUGACAAAUCCUUUACCCAAAAAAGUACUCUUAGAAGUCAUCAGAGAAUUCAUACAGGAGAAAAACCUUACAAAUGUAGCAAAUGUGACAAAUGCUUUACCAAGAAAUGCCACCUUACAGUUCAUCAAAAAAUUCAUACAGGAGAGAAAACUUACAAAUGUAGUAAAUGUGACAAAUGCUUUACCAAGAAAUCCCAACUUACAGCUCAUCAUAGAAUUCAUACAGGAGAAAAACCUUACAAAUGUAGUGACUGAGAAAAAUGCUUUAGCCACAAUCUCCCCCUUAUAAGUCAUCAGAAAACUCAUAUAUGAAACAAACCUUACAAAUGUAGUGAAUGUCACAAGUGCUUUACUGAGAAGGACAGUAUUCGAAGCUAUGAAAGAAUUCAUACAGAGGAGAAAUCUUUCAAAAAUAAUGAAUGUGGGAAAUGAUUUCUGGAUAAAGGCAGUUUUAGUAAUUUUGAUGUGUUCUAAAUUCAUUUUCAAUCAUUUUCAAAUGCUGUAAAUGUGACAAAUAUGUUACUUGGAAAUAUCUCAGGAUUCAUGAAACAAUUCAUACAACUGAGAAAACUUAAAAAUAUAAAGAAUGUGAAAAGUAAAAAGCUUCUAGUAAAAGCUCUCUUACAAAAUAUCAGAAAAAUCAUAUAGGAGAGAAAUAUUACAGAUGAGCUGAAUAGGAAGAAACAAAGAGUUCAUACAGGAGAGAAACACUGUGUGCUUGUAGAUGCUUUGCCCAUAGAGUGGCACUAUGAGGAUGUGUAGCCAUCUUGAAUUGGUUGUGGCCUUGUAGAGUAGCUGUGUUCAUGUGGACAUGAGCUUUAAGACACUCAUCAUAGCUGCCUAAAAUUCAGUCUUCUCUUGUUUGCCUUGAGAAGAAGUGGAACUCUCAACUCCAACAGCUUCAGGUCUGUUGAGAUGCUGCCAUGCUCCCUCCUGAUGAUAAGGGACUGAACCUGUGAACUUGUAAGCUAGUCAUCCUUUAUAAGAGUUGACUUGGUCAUGGUGUCUGUUUCACAGCAGUAAAACCCUAAGUAAGAUACAUUGCAAAUGCUGUGAAUGUAUCAAAUGCUUCAUCUUUAAAAGCCAUCUCAUAAUUCACCAGAGACUUAUUACAGGAGAGAAAGUGUACAAAUGUAAUGAAUAUGGCAAAUAUUUUACCUUUAAUGUCAAUCCAUAAAACAUCAGGUAAUACGUAAAGAGGAGAACCCUUACACAUGAAAUGAAUAUGGUAGGUUCUUUAUCAGGAAAGACUCUAAUAGAACUCAGCAGAGAACCAUAAAGGAAACCUUAACAAAUUUAAUGAAUAUGGCAAAUCUUUCUUUCAAAAGGUCUCUUUGAAUUCAUCUGAGAAUGAUACAGGAAAGAAAUUUUACAAAAUCUGUGAAUGUGACAAAUCCAUUCCUGAGAAAGACCAUCUAAAAAGCAUCAGAGUAUUCAUACAGAAGAGAAACCUUACAAAUGUGUGACAAAUGUUUUAUCCUGAAACCUAUCUUAGAAUUCCUCAGAGAAAUUAUACUGGAAAGAAAUCUUACAAUUGAACUGAACAAUGCAAUCUAUUAAAAAGAAAAACAAUUCUAGAACUUAUAAAUAAAUACAGGCUAGAAAAAUCAAUAAAUGGAAUGAUAGUGAGCAAUUUGUUAACCAAGAAAGACCACCUCAGAACUCAUCAGAGAACAUAUAUACAAGUGAAACCUUGUAAUAAGUAGGACAAGUGUUUGGUGGUGGCAGCUAAUCUCUGAGAAUGCAUCAGAGAGCACAAUAAAAUGAAAUGAUUGAGGAAUGUUUGAGCCUGCAUCUAAGAAAUAAGAAUGCAUUUGGAAAUCCAUAACGGGCCCUUCUGGUAAAUGACUGUGCCGUGAGCAGAAUUUGGGCACUAACUCUGCACCCAGGCCCACAACACCGAGAAGAUACUAGUCUCCCAGGUUCUCUUUAACAUGCACAAUAUCAUAGGUAAGGAGGCCACAACAUCUGCCCCAACACUAGGAAUAACUGGGCCUGGCAGGAUCUAGAGACAUGAGAACCUCUGCACGGGCACGGGCACGGGUUCCUCUGAUCUGAGCUGGUGCUAUGAGCAGACAUUGGGUGCUAACUCCACACCCAGUCCCACAACAACCAGAGGAAGCUCAACUCCCAGGUGCUCUAACACACCCAGGGUCACAAGAUCACAAUAUUUUAGGAAGCUUCACAGCAGCUUGAUUCCAAGGAGCUCUGACACACCCAUAAUUUUUGGAUCACAGAGUCACUGGAUCAAAAAUUCAUCAGGACUCUGAGGAAUUCUGACACAACCAGGAUGUCAGCAAGGACAGGCUCAAUCAGACAGCAAGGGCAGAUAGAACUAGAGAAAACCAGAUGGCAAGAGGCAAGCACGUGGACAUAAGCAACAGAAAUUGAAGUUACUUGGUAUCAUUAGAACACAGUUCUCCCACCAUAGUAAGUCCUGGAUACCUUACCAUACCAGAAAAGCAAGAUUCGUAUUUAAAAUCACUUCUCAUGACAACGAUAGAGAAAUUUAAGAAGGACAUAAAUAACUCCUUUAAAUAAUUACAAGAGGACACAAACAGGUAGAAGCCCUUAAAGAGGAAACACAAAAAUCCCUUAAAGAAUUACAGGAAAACACAACCAAACAGGUGAAAGAAUUGAACAAAACCAUUCAAGAUCAAAAAACGAACAUAGAAACAAUAAACAAAUCACAAAGGGAGACAAUUAGAAAACCUAGGAACAAGAUUAGGAGUCAGAGAUGCAGGUAACACCAACAAAAUACAAGCGAUAAAAGAGAAUCACAGGGGCAGAAGAUACCAUAGAAAACAUUGACACAACUGUCAAAGGAAAUGCAAAAAUGUCCUAUGUCCCGACCGCAGGACAGUCAACUGGGUCCCUGGGGGCACCUAGGAGAGAAUUUGAAACGAGAUGCAAGUAACUGACAGCAAGACGGGAAUUCUGAUCAAGCUGAAAAUUUUUUUCUUUCUUUUUUUAUUUUCUAUAUUCUUUGUUUACAUUCCAAUAGAUUUUUAUUUUUCUAACACUGGAAUAUAAAGGGGAACAAGCAGGUUGUAGGGAGGGGGUAGACUUUAUCUCAGGAGACACACUGCAAUAAGCAGGGUGUAGCCAUUAUCUCAGGAGACUUGCUUUGACUUGUUCUCAGGACCUUAAAGGGAAGUUGGCAGCAGCUGCAGGAUAUUGAUUAGAUAAAAAUCAAGAGAAGGUGGUGCAGGUUUUGUCGCUAGCUGGCCCAACCAUGGGGGAGCUAUGUUUGUUCUUACCCAUUUACUUUGGUUAGCUAACUUGGCUAAAUCAAGAGCUACUACCUUUUCAACUUAGAUGAGCCUGAAUAGCUGUGCCCGCCAGUAACAACAAAAGGGGCUGAAGAUCAACGUGAGCAUGGCCUCUGGCAGUCCUAACCCAAAACAUCUAGGAAAUCCAAGACACAAUGAGACCAAACCUAAGGAUAAGAGGUAUAGAAGAGAGCAAAUAUUCCCAACUUAAAGGGCCAGUAAAUAUCUUCAACGAAAUUGUAGAAGAAAACUUACCUAGCUUAAUGAAAGAUGCCCAUGAACAUACAGAACACCAAGUAGAUGAGACUUUACAUUCUUGUCAAACAGGAUUUCAUUUGCUUGGUUAGUGAGACAAUCCAAACACUAAAGAACACACAUGGUAUGCAUUCACUGAUAAGUGAUUAUUAGCCCAGAAGCUCAGAAUACCCAAGAUACAAUUCACAAACAGGAAAUUCAAGAAGAAGGAAGACCAAGGUGUGGAUACUUCAGUCCUUCAUAGAAGGGCGAACAAAAUACCCAUGGGAGGAGAUACAGAAGCACUGUGUGGAACAGACACUGAAGGAAAGGCCAUCCAGAGAAUGAUACACCUGGGGAUCCAUCCCAUAUAGAGUUAUCAAACCUAGACACAAUUGUGGAUGCCAACAAGUGCUUGCUUACAGUAGCUUGGUAAAGCUGUCUCCUGAAAGGCUCUUCCAGUUCUUGUCAAAUAAGAGGGGGAUGCUUAUAGCCAACCUUUGGAAUGAACACAGAACCCCCUAUGAAAAAGCUAGAGAAUGGACUUAAGGAGCAGAAGAGGUUUGAAGCCCCAUAGGAUGAACAACAAUAUGAAACUACCGGUACCCCCUGAGCUCCCAGAGACUAAACCAACAACCAAAGGUACACAUGGAGGGACCCAUGGCUCCAGCUGCAUGUGUAGAAGAUGGCCUUGGUGGACACCAAUGGGAGGAGGCUUUAUGCCCCAGUGUAGGGGAAUGCCCGGAAGUAGGAGUGGGUGGGUUGGUGAACAGGG